UACGUUGUUUAGCACAUGACACAAAAUAUGGCCGAUGAUGUAAACAUGCCUGAAAACCACGUAAAUGGAUUUGAAGAAACCCCAGGCGAGCGAGAGGAUCAGAAUGAAGCUGAUGAAACAGAAGAAACUGUGAUUGGAGAUGAGGAAAAUCUAGAAGAACUCGUAGAAAAUGCAAGCAAUGAGUAUCAAGACCUGAGCAACACGCUCGAUCAGAUUGACAGAUAUAUGACGAAUUUAGAAAACCAGAAUGAUUCUCUCGUGUCCAAGCUCCAGGAUCUUCUCGAGUCUAACCGACAGAUGAGGGCAGAACUUCAACAGGAAAACGCCAAAGUAAAGAACAGCUGACAUGCAAUGAAUUAGGGGGACAACUUAAUUAAAGAGAAUAGACGUUUAAAAUGUAGAUAUAGUCAGACUAUAUUUAGUGGUUUUCCUUUGCUCGUCAGUUGGAGCAGGGAUUAAGUUCUUUUCUUUCAAUAUUCGGAUUAACUGUAUCGAUUGUUAUCAUUUUCAAUGUACUCCAGCAGCGUGGUUACCAUGGUAACAACAUUCAAGUUUCUGGCCAUCUCGAGUUACCGGAACAGCUCGGAUGCCACGCGCAUCAAACGUGUAACAAUCUUACUGUGAAUAAUGAUCAGUGUCCCACACAUCGGAAAACAAGAUCUAAAGGAAGAUGUUCUGGUUUUAAUUCUAGUACUGGAUAAGAUUUAUGUAUAAAGAACCGUACAUGUACAUUGUAUAUGUUUUGAACAUGUUUUUGUAAUAUGGUUUAGUUUAAUCAUUCAAUGUUGGAAGUUCAGGUUUAAAUAAUAUUGCUGGUUGUAAUAAGAUUUAUGUAUGAUGAACAGUACAUUGUAUAUGUCUUGGAUAUGUACGUUUUGUAAUAUAUAGUUUAGUUUAAUCAUUGUUAAAAAUAAAAUUGGUGUAACAUG